AUGGCGGGAACGAGAAGACAGCAGGGAAGGGAGGAAGGAAGCGACAGGUGGAGAGAGCUCCUCGAUGAUGGAGCUGCCGCUGAGCUGCGCCGAGGAUGGAGCUUGCAGGGGUCUCUUUGCAGCAAGUUGGAUCGACUGAACAAGAACGCGCUGGGGAGCCAGACAGAUCGAUUGGGCAAUGAGCAAGGGCCUGGAAUCAAAGUCUGGAACAGACAAGCACGAAAGGUAGAGCCUGCAAAGGAAGAGACAACAUUGGUCAAGGGGUUGACCACCAAACCCCCAAAAUCUGAGAAAGCAGCGGGAGAGAGGAGAUCAGCAGACAAGAAGCAAGCUCAACGGACUGAAUGCAUGGCCAUCAUACGGGACCUCUCAAACAUUUCAAGCAUGUUCAACAAGGAACUUGCAGAGUUGACAAGUAGUUUGAUUGAGGAACACACAAAAAACAUCAAAUUUGAUAUCAUCAACCGCCACAAGCACGAAAGCAACAUCUUAACUCUCAGUGCUUUGUUCCAACAAACUAGCCAAGACCUGCAAAGCAGCAAAGAAGAAUGCAAGCAAGCUUGGAAAAGGGCGGAGGAGGCGGAGAAGGGGCUGCGGGAGGCAGAGGCGACAUCGAGAGAGCUGCGGAAGGAGAUGGAGGGGCUUGAAAGAGCUCUGGAGGAGGCCGGGCGAAGCUCAGAGGGGCUACGGGAGGAGGUGAUGCGGAUGCAGGAGGAGGCGGAGAGGGGAGACGAGGCUGGGGAUAGAGGAGGACGCGAGGGGGUGGAGAUCAGCGGUGGAGGGCUUGAGGAGAGACGGGGAGGCGCUGCGGGGGCGGCGGAGGCGGCGGAGGAGAGGAGGAGGAGGGAGCGGGAGGACGGGGAGCGGGAGGCAGCGGGGCUGCGGAGGAGGCUUGAGGAGGCGGAGGAAGCCGGGAGGCAGCUAGGAAGGAGGCUUGAGGCGUCGGAGGAGGAGCUUGAGCGUCGGAGGAGAGAGCAGGAGGAGAGGCGGGCAAGGGCGGAAGACCAGGUCGAGGAGCUACGGCGAGAGCUGGCGGGGUGUGCGGGAGAGGUCAGGCGGGCGACGGCGACAACGGAGGAGGCGAUGGAGCGAGGAAGCAGACAGCUGCGAUGUGCGGAGGCAGCGAGGGAGAGCCUGCGAGCGCGGGUGGUGCAGGGGCUGCAGGAGGUGAAGCGACAGGCGGACGAGCUGGAGGAG